CUUGCAGAAAGCUAUGAUCCAGCAACUGAGUUGGCAAUUGCUGAAAUGCUGGUCUAUGCACUUGAGCAUGCUGACAAGCACAUGCCUCUCAGUCGUCGGGGCUCACUAUCUGGACAGGUUUCUUAUCCUAUUCAUGUCUAGUCUUUGAAGGGCAUUUCAUGACCAAACUUGCUGGCUGGCUUUCUAGAUUUCUGGUGACACGUUCAGCAGUUGGUUUUCUUAUUUCAUACCUCAUCCUGACCUUUAAACCUCCUUUCUUUGUUCACAUUGCAGACUCGUGUUCCGGCCGCUGUAAUUUGGGCAUGUCUGAUUAUACUCAUUGGCAUGUUGUUGACCUACAUGAUUCACACUCGUCUAAAAUGCAGCCGUAAAUCAAAAAUUCAUGUAGAUUGGGCUUCCAUCAGGCACCUUUGGUUAGACUAGCAUAUAUAUGUUUGUGCGCAACUGUUGCGUUCUGUGUUCAUUGUUUAGUUCUGUUGAACUGUCGUGAACUUGUACAUAAUCCUCGGACAUCUGAAGGUUAAAGCUUUAUGCUUUCUGGACCUUAACAGCAGAAUUCCUAAUGAUGCUGGAUUGUUCAACUAGGUGAAUAAAUACAUGUUUUGGUUUUGUAAUAAAAUAAAUUUUGAAGGUGGUGGAUUAUCACCAGAAAUACCUAGGCCUACCUACUCGAGUGGGGAGAGAAAAGAAAUAAGUUUUUGGAUAUUUGGUGGACAGGGUUAGACAGAAGGUGAAAUAUUGGAAGAGCUCCCUACUCUCAAUUGGGGGGAAGGAGAUCCUCAUAAAAGCAGUGGCACAAGCGCAAAUGACUUAUGUAAUGUCCCUAUUCCAAGUCCCAGUGGGGAUUCUAAAAGAAAUCCAAAGCCUUAUUGCUAACUUUUGGUGGGGACAACAAGCAGAAGAAGGCCGAACCCACUGGUUGCGUUGGGAAGAACUCUGCAAACCAAAGAAGGUAGGGGGAAUGGGGUUCAAAGAUCUGCAAGGUUUCAACAAAACAUUGCUUGGAAAACAAAUGUGGAGGCUUAUAGCUAGGGAUGGCAAUGGGUCGGGUCGGGGCGGAUAGUGCAUAUCUGUUACCCUACCCAAAGUACUUCGGGUUUUACCCAUACCCAUACCCACAUGUGAAACGGGUAGAAAAUCAAAACCAUGCUCAUACCCGUUCGGGUUUCGGGUAUCCACGGUUAUCCAUGGGUAAUCAUUUCUCUUCAUAACUUCAACCAAUAUGUUAACAUUCACACGAAUUCUCACAUUACGUAAGAGGAAAAGUACGACAAUAAUUCACUAGAAUGAAGAAAAUUAAUUAAAACGGCAUAAUUUCAUGAAAAUAUUAUACUUAUAUGGUAAAUAUAAAAUAUGUUAGAGAAAAAUAGUGAUUAUAUCUAGAGAAAAUACAUAUGCAUUUGUAUAAUCGGGCGGGUUCGGGUUGGAUAGUGAGAAAUCCAUGCCCACCCAUUACCCACAAUAUUCGGGUUCGGGUUUUACCCGUACCCACUAAAUUUCUUUCGCGUUCGGGUUUUACCCUACCCGAUUAGGACGGAUUCGGGUGGAUAUCCACGAUUACGGAUAUUUUUGCCAUCCCUACUUAUAGCCAGACCUGAUUCACUGGCAGCUCGGGUGAUGAAAGCUAAAUACUACCCAAACAGGGAAGUCCUGGAGGCUGAAGCUGGAAAUAAUGCUAGUUUCCUAUGGAAAGGUUUGCUAUCAGCACGAUCCCUGGUUAAAAGAGGAUGCAGGUGGAGAAUUGUAAACGGCUGCAGCAUUGAUAUCUGGCUGGAUAAAUGGGUGCCAGGGAAUGAGAAUUUCAAAAUCAAAACCCCAACAACCAGGUUGGGGGACUCUACCUCUGUGGCAGAAUUGAUCGACUUCGAAGGAAAGUGCUGGCGAGUCGAUGUCCUGAAUGAUCACUUCCUACCAGAAGAUCGAGUCAACAUCCUAAAGAUCCCCAUUCCAAGGGAUUGGGGAAGAGAUGAAAGGGUCUGGGGCGAAGAGAAAUCUGGGGACUACUCGGUGAAAUCUGCCUAUAGGCUUUGGUUCAACCGCGAUGAAGAGGAAAGAGGAGAAUUUUAUUCCCCUGCAAACUGGGAUAGGCUGUGGAAACUAGAAAUCCCCCAAAAGGUGAAGAUUUUUGCUUGGAAACGGGUUGUGCAACGAACCACAAAGGGCAGCGAAGGGUGUCCGUUCUGCAACCUAAAGGAAACGCAAUUCCAUAUCUUUCAAGAGUGUGGGUGGGUUCGGAGAGUCUGGAGACCUAGCCCUCUUGCUUCUAUGUUCGAGAGAGGGGAGAACCUUACCUCUGAGGAAUGGUUCUGCGAAUUGCAAGAGCACGAGCCAGACGAACAGAUCGGCCGCUUCCUGGUAGCUCUGUGGUUCAUCUGGGACCAAAGGAACAGCCAGCUAUGGAAUAAAUCAAAAAUGGAAGAGUGGGAAAUCAUGGGGCGAGCGAGUCGUUGGAUCGAAGAGUACCUGGAAGCUCAGUCGCCGAGGGAGCGAACUCAGCAAGCGGAGCAGACGAAAUGGGCCCCAUCGACGGCUGCCGAUUUCACGAUGACCGUUGACGCGGCAUGCCUGCAGGAUCGGGGAACGGGGCUGGGAGUGGUUGUAAGGGAUCGCGCCGGAGCCUUCAGGCUGGAGGCAGUGAAGAGAUCGAGGCGACAGUGGGAUCCCGACCUGGCGGAGGCGAUGGCGGUUGAUUUCGGGGUAGAGAUUGUUGGUCGGUACCAUUUCUUGAACUCUGAGAUCCAGAUGGAUUGUCAAAGGGUGGCGAGAAUUCUCAGGGGAGAGCAACAAACCCAGCUAGAGUUGGGUCGAGUCUAUGAAGAGAUAAGGAGGAAGGCGACUGGGCUAGGGCCUGUUGCUUGGUCCUACAUUAGCAGAAAACUAAAUGAGCCAGCCCACCUUGUGGCCCAUACAGAUUGUGGGUGGGAAAGGGAAGACAUAUGGGUAGAUAGUCCACCUUCUUUUCUUGUCCAAGCUUUGCAAGCUGAUGUAAUGAUGCCUAGCAAUUCUUGAUUUAUAAAAUAAACGUUUCCCUAAAAAAAAAAUUGAAAUAAAGAGUGGAUGGUGGAUUCCGAUAACUUAUCUAACAAGUGGAUUAUGAGUUAUUAAUUCAUGGUAAUGGUAAUGUUCAAUCAUAUGUAUCAAUGAUAAAGACGGUAUUCUACC